AUGGAUUCAAUUGAUACCAAGAGAGAUCCGACAACGCACAUGAUGGAGGUCAAUUUCGAGUCGCACGUCGAAGCCGAAACUCUUGACAUCUCACACGUAAAAUUGAGCAACACAUACCCGGAGGCAGGAUCAACUGGCAAAUCACCACGCUUAACCUUUGGUGUGGAAUUGGAGAUCGCUGUUGGUACUCUAAGGGACAUAUGCCAAAACCCAACACCGAAAGAUGGCCGUAGAGUCUACGGAGUUGGCCGGCCUGCCAACUCACCUCCAUUGCAAUACGAUCCAAGACCAGCGAACUUUGGCGAGAGUUCUAUCGCAGAACGCUCAUAUAGAGUGAAGGGACGUUUUUGUGUGUAUGAAAAUAUUGCACAAACCCUUAACUGCGCUGGGUUCCCAGCUAUACAUAUGGACGAUGCAGAAUACCAGAAAACUGGAUAUACCAAUGAGAUGACCAGCAAGUGGAUCAUCGGGACUGACAUCAGUAUUGACCUCCCAGAUGAGUCAAUCUAUGACUACCACAAGCUCGAAAUCAAAUCGCCAGUUUAUUACUUCAGCGAGGAGGCGCUAAGCGAUGUUACACGGGUCUGGGAGAUCAUCGCCUCCACCUAUAAAGUCGUCACAAACGAAUCGAUGGGAUUGCACGUUCAUGUCGGCAACGGAGUUGAUGCUUUCGACGGCGAAACUUUAAGAAAUUUGUGGGGCAUUCUCUGGACUGCGGAGAAAUGGAUCGAAACCAUUCACCCUCCUCAUCGCAGAGUCAACUCAUUCUGUCAAAGCUUUCAUUGCUGUUCCAACCUGGGACGCGAGAUUGGAGAAAAAUCUCAUAAAAACCCAGAAGAAGUGGUACUCGAAUGGAUUUUAACCAGGAACCCUCCAACCGUGCGCGAAUUCCUCGACACUAUCUGCAUGCACAGCGGUGCCUACAACUUUAUCAAUUUACUACCAAGUCAGAACUUCGGAAGUACAAAGCGUACGAUUGAGUUUCGUCAUCAUGAAGCAACAGUCGAUACAGAGCGAAUAACACAAUGGAUCAGAGUAUGCGUAGGAUUAGUCAAGGUAUCUGCAGCUACGAACCCCGCCGUCCUAGACCCAUAUCUGCGGCUCUUGAUACAGAAAAAGAGAGAAAAGCUUCGUAUAUGGGAGCUUCUAAAGGAGCUUGGGCUUGAGAGUUCAGCGGUUUAUUACAAGGGUCGGAUUUUGAAAGAGAGACCGGUGGGAGUUGUAGUCAAGGACUUGUGGAAGAAGACGACGAGAUUUGUUAAAAGAUAA